GGAAAUCUUGUGCAGAAACGUUGUUACCAAUCGAACUUGACUCCAUGUAAUUAAAGAUGGCUUUCAUUGGAGAAACAAUUUAUGAGGAUUACUUAUAUCGGUUCACAGGCAAGAGUCGUUCCAUUCUUUGGGGUAAGGGCAACCCCUGGAGACAGAAAUACUUCAUUAUCAAAAGAGUUGGCAAUAAACCAGUGCUAGAAUUCUUCAACAAAAAGCCAAAGACUAGAAAUACUGUACCGAAAGGAAAAAUUGAGUUAUGGCCAAGUUUCCGCGUAGAGAAGGUUACAAACAUGAAGAAUCGAGCAUACGUGUUCCAGAUCACAACCCCAGACACAACCAUCUGUUUGUCUACAGAUGAACAAAGAACUAUGGACAUAUUUGUCUUCUUCUUACAGAUACAGACAAGAUUAAAAGAUCAAAUCAGGGAUGACUAUUUUACUGUUCAUCCGGAAAACUCUGAAGCACAGAGACGUAUAGGUGCCAAGGGAACUAACUGUGUACUACAUAUUUCACCAUAUGGUAUUACACUAGCACUUCAGUCAAACAGAGCAGUGCUGGCCCAAUGGCCAUUGAAGAGCAUUCGAUCGUAUGAGAGCUCCGAGCAGGGUCAUCUAUCUAUAGAGGCAGGUCGAGUGGCACCUAUGGGAGAUGGGUUGUAUAUUUAUAGAACAGAGCCUGGGGAUGAUAACCAGAUAUAUGAUUUGAUUGACAGAUACGUUCUUGAUGCACUGGAACAAGUACAGCCUGCUCUGAGAGGAGGUUCUGAGGAGAUUGAAGAUUAUGUAAUAGAAGCCGAGAGGUUAUUGUCCUUGACUGUUGUGUCGGCAUGUACUGCAGAAAAUCCCGACAUUCACACAAUAUUGCGAGAAAAUUGGAGCACAGAUGUACAAACACCACAGGGUUCUUCAAGACCACGACAAAUUGUACAUACCAGAUUAACAUCUGCUGAAUCUCUGGGUAGUUUAAAUAGCCAAAAUAGUUUCACAGGUCCACAGUCUGUCCCGGCACGGCUGAUUCAUGAGACCGGCUCAGCCAGGAACUCUCCUCAGGUACCCAGGUCAUUGCCAGCCUUCCAGAACUCACCUAGUCUAGGGUCUCGAAGGGGAUCAAACCAGAGUCAACCUAACCUUGCUGACAGGCCUCCAGCACCCCCACCACCUCCAGCAUCUUCAAGCAUACCCUUAAAAAUUCCACAGCGAUCUGCCACCCAGUCCAGCGGACAUUAUCUCAGGAUGAACUCAGCAGCAAGCAGAACAUCAGGCAGUUCUGGUUCCCCAUUUACACCAACUUCAGCUGACUGGGUUCCACCACCUACGUUCAGAGAUGCUAUGAGACAGAAAUCUACAUCUCCAAUAUCUGAGAAUGGACCCUACAAUCCUGAUUCUUACCUGACACCUACAUCACCAGGAGCCAUAACUACAUCCACGCCAAAUGACAAGUUUGCAGGUGCUAGACCAAUGCUGAAAGACCAGUAUCUUACUCCACUAUCAGUCUCAGAGGAACAGACAGCUGUCAAAAGCAGUAGUACUGUGAGACAUACAGAAGGAAAAGGAAGUGCAAAAGUAGUGAAAAAGGAAUUAAAACUAUCGCCGAAGCAUGUUGGUCAAAGUGAACAUGAAAAUAAAGCCAUUUCCACUUCCAGAGUUCGGUCUAGGCGACUAAGGUCAGCUAGUUGCGAGGAUCUGAGUGAUUAUUUGAGGUCAGUAGUGUAUGACCCAAUUUCCAAGAGUAUGAAUGACCUGCUAGAUGAUUCCGAUAGAGAUAAGGAAGAUGAUUAUUUGGGUCCAGAACCGUUUCCUCGGUUACAGUCAUUCUCAGGGGUCAUAGAUCAUGACCAUGGGCAUACUCCAGAAAAUUAUUACAACAUUGAAGGAUUAAAAGGAAAAAUCUAUGAUGGACCUGGUUUGCCUUUCGCAGAACUCAGGAAAAAGUUUUCCAAAAGAUCUCUCUCUAGAAUUCGUAGAUCUGUUUCUAAUCCAAAUUUUAUUGGUUCGCUUAGUCUUGAAAAACUUAAUUUAGCAAGGGUCAGUAUUGGAAUCACAACAUCAAGUCCGAACGAAAGUAGGUCAUCUUCUCUUGCCAACUUAAUACCUGAGGCAUUGAAAAAGCAUCUAAGCAAGGACUCUAGUCAUAAAGGUUCAAGUAGUGCAUUAUCAAGCGGAGCUGCUUCUAGAAAUAGCAGUCUUACCAGUAGUAGAGCAAGCAGCGCUCAUGUAAGCCCCUACAAUAGUCUGGGGAGAAAGAAUAAACACACCCCAAAGGAAGAUAUUGUGGGGUCAACCAGCGUCAAGGGAAUAAACUUAACAAAGAGAAGUCGUUCUUUCCGACGGCACAGACCUGUCGAAGAAGAACAUUCAAAACAUGGACACAGACAUGAAAACCAUUCUGAACAUAAAGCAGACAUGCCAAAUGGGGAAGCAGACGGACACAUUCAAAAUGUUUCAAAUGGCUCUGAAAUGAAGCCCAGUGAUUUAAAUAGUAAAGGUAGACAAGAGACUGCACCUUCAGAAAAUGCCGUUCAGCUGACGCUGUCAGACAUCGGAGCAGACAGUAAACCUACAAAGCCAACACCAAAAAUUGCACCAAAACCGAAACCCAAACCAACAGUACAUGGGGACAAAACAGAAAAUGAAGAAAGUGCCACAUCAGCUUUGUAAGUGUUUGAAUUAUGGAUACUAAGUAAAACAUUUAGCAAUCUCCCAUACAGAGUUGUCUUUCUUGAACUUCUUCAUAAAGCAUUCAUCUAUGUUAAUGUCUAGGCCCAACUUGUUCAAGAAUCUUGAACAAAUGUUAACAUCUGAAAGAUGCGGCAAAGUGCAAAACUCGUCCAGUAAAUGAGACAGUGCCUUAUAUCGUAUUUUCAACCUUGGAUUGACCAAAAAUGUUUAAAAUUUGUGUAAAUCUGUAAGAAAUUAACAGAUGGACAGUAAGUACUUGUUAAGAGUGCUAUUACCUUUUACCUGAACUGGGCAAACAAUUAGCACAUACAGUCACAACCCAGUUUUGAAUUUUUUCAGCGUAUUUUUCUUGGCGCAUCUACCAUUUGAAUUGUAAUGAUAGGGCGUUCUACUGUGGUAACAUGAUUUUUGACAUACUACUUCUCAUAAAUAUUGUUAGAGAUGAAAGUGAGGUCAAGGAUGACAACUCUGUGAAAGAGAUUGUGAACAUUUACAUUACAGUAUACCAGGUACCAUGCUGAGAUUAAAAUUCUUCUAUGUUAACAUUUUGCCAUGUGUGUUGUCAGUACUAUGCUUGUAUGUAAUAAGUGUAUGUAUUUUUCAGUAACUUACAGUGAUUGUAUUCACAGAUAAUUUAUUGUUUCUUUCAAAAUGUUAUUACUGCCACGCAGAGGUCUCUAUGUUGUUGAUACGUGAAAUAGGCCAACAUAAUCAAAUUUUUUAACUGCUUUACUAGCACUUAUGUUCCUUAAUACAUGUAUAUGCUUUAAAUGGGCCAGUAUGUAAUACCACGGCCUUUACGCUGGACCGAUGUUAUAAACUGAAAAUGUUUGAUAUCUAAAACAAGUUUAAGGGUGAACCUUGAGACCAAAAUUCUUCACAGAGUUUUAUUUUGAGCCCAUGUGUGACUAGAGCCAAAAUAUCUUAUUACUUGUACAUGUAUUAUAAAGUGAAUAAUGUUAUUAUUUGUAAAUGUGUGUCAUUCUGUGGUUCAUAGAUUUUACUGUAAAUUUUCUGUAUAAUUGUGUGAUACUGUUAGACAAGUUUUUUUUAAAUAUUUUAAAUGCAUUUAAUGCAGCAGCUAGAAAAUUACAUGUAUAUUACAUUAUUUUCAUACCAACAUAUACCUUCUAUAUCAUAAAGGC